UCCACAAGGAGGUUGACUGUUUACUGUCUGAGGUCUGUUCUGGGAUCAGUCUUUGUGGUUGUCAAUGUGUUCUUCAAUCUAUGAUUGAAGCUUCAUCCUGAUCUUAGACCAGACCGUCGAAUAAUACUCGGUCCACUAUACGCUGUCCUUCACAACAGCAAUGGCGCAGGCCACUAAAAUAAUACAGAGACUUAGGAACUGGUUGUCGGGGCAUGACCUCCAAUCAAAGCUCCAGCUGCGUUACGGUGAAAUUGCAAAGAGGACUCAACCACCACCCAAACUGCCAGUAGGCCCCAGCCAUAAGUUUGCAUUCAACUACUAUUGUACCAGAGAUGGACGCAGGGAGGCACUUCCUCCUACUAUCGUGAUGUCCCCACAUAAAGCUCUGGCAGCUGGCACGGAGGCCACUGCUGUGGCCACAAAGCAACCAGUAACACCUGGACCUCCACUGAAAGAUUUGGAAUUGUCAAAAGACCAGCCAUAUCUGUAAUGGCCUGACCCUGCAGUUGUUUGUGUUCCUGUAAAGUUAUCCUAUUCCACUGUAAGAUACCAAUAAAGUCUAUAAAUGUG